AUGCCGUUGAACGAAGGAUUAGUGAACAUUCUUCGUGACGAGUCGCCUUCAUUUAAGGACCGUUGGUUAGGUCGUAAACUCCUCGACAUUGCUAUUGCUACUGUAGCUGCAAGAUCGGUUUCUGCACAAGCUUCGGAGAAAGUGGUCAAGGAUUUAUACCAAGACAUGAAAGCCGCUUUUCCAUAUGACAAUUGCUUCAGAGAAUUACCUGGUAGAAGAGAAGCUGAACCAGAAGACCCUGAUUACUGCUAUCUUCUUGAGAGCUUGCUAGGUCACAUUUACCUCCGGGGACAAGACGAUGCCCCAGGCAUUGUAUCUAUUUUAGAACGGAAUGUCAGAGACCCUCGUCGAUCCCAGGACGAAAAGUACCUAAAAAGCCCGCCAUUACCACCACAGAUUAGCCAAUCCACUCAAGAGGAACGAAUCUUAGAUAAUGCUUCUAAUGGUAUGGCUACAGAGGUAGGGUCUGUCUUUGGUUCAAACCAAUAUAUUGGUAGCAUCCCAAAGUUUACCCCACCUCAAGAAGUCAGUAACGGAAACGUGAGGCAGCUUCAAGAGCAUGCCGAUCUGGGAGAUCUAGCGAUAUAUACAGUGUUUUUCGAGGAGCAUGGUACAAUCAAAGGUACCAAGCCAUCAUAUACGUGGCGCCAAACCCAAUUAAAGCCUACAAGCAGGUUUCUGUUCACAGUCACCUUUGAAGGGGUAGAGGUUGCUGGGUUGGAAUGCAGUUCAAAGCAGAACGCAAAGCAUGAGGCUUCAAAAGCUCUUUGGGAAGAACUGCAUCUAAGAAAACAGUUGUAG